AUGGCUCUCUCUUCUCAAAUACGCCCAUCUGUAUCAAAUGUUUGUUGGAAUAGCCAUUUCAUAUAUCGGAAAAGGAAAAAAAAAAUCAAAUAUUAGCUCUCAUCCCUGUCACGCAGAUGUCUCCCAUAAGAUUCUGUGAUAAUGAAUCAGUCGAUACGACUAAAGUCCUGUGGGCUAAAAUGAUGGGUGCAAACGAAUAUAGUGAUUUCGUUAUUAAAUGUCACUCCCGAAUAUUCCCUGUCCAUCGAAUCGUCGUUUGCACACAAUCAAAACCAAUACAAGCUGCAGCAAAUGGAGGAUUCAUGGAGUCUGUUACUGGCGUUCUCGAUUUAGAGGAUGAUGAUCCUGAAACUGUCGCGAGAAUGAUCAACUUCUUGUACCUUCAAGACUAUGACGAUACUUCUGAGCCGAGUGAAGAAGCUGAAGAGGAGGGUUAUGGACGUUUGUUAAUCAAUACUAUGGUCUACAUUAUCGGCGACAAAUACGAUAUUCAAGCUCUUAAAACUCUCGCAAAGAAAAAGUACGAAGCAGCAAUAGAGACUGAUUGGAACACGCCUUCUUUCUCAGCUAGUCUGGAACUUAUAUACGAGGAACUCCCAGAAAGCGACACCUCUCUGACAUCCGUCGCACUCGCAACUGCAGGAAAGCAUUUAAGAGAGCUAAACGACAGAGGAGAGUUUUCAAGCCUAUGCAAAAAUAAUCCAGCAAUCGCUUAUGAUCUUUUAACAACUAUUACUUCACAACCUACUGCAGUAGCCUCUCCAGGCAAGAUACAAACGCAAAAUAAAAAUUCAUGUCCCAAAGGCCACACGUUUACACAUCUCAACGAUAUACACGCGAUGUAUGAUUCGGACGCCUGGAAAUGGAAAGUCAAAUGUCCGAAUUGUGCGAUGCAGAAGGUUUGUUAUAAGACGGAUAAUUCGUGCAAUCUCGAAGCGAAAUGGGAUGCCCCGGAUGUGGGAUAUUGGUAUUUGUGAUGGGGUGUUUUAGGGGGAGUUGGAUACCUAUGUAUGUAUGGGAAUUGGGAAUUGGGAAUCGGGAUUUGGGAUUUGAGAUUUGCGAUUUUAUAUUGUUGUAAGGGUUAGGGUUUGGAUUCGGUGUUCGUGGUUGAGAUUGCAUUUUCUUGGGGCGUAGCAUAUUGUUGGUGUGUAGAGAGUACAGAAAAAUAUACCUGGGAUGUAUGAGAAUAUUAUUAUUACUGUUCGUACCUCGAUUCUUUGAUUUUUUUUUCACAGUCGCCGUCUUGUUGUUAUUUGAUAAGCUGCAUACAGCAUUAUCUCCAGCGCACUGGGUAUAAGUUGUUAAUGAAUGAUAUUUCAUAUUCGCUACUCGUAAUAUAAUAUAAUAUAAUAAGAUUACAUCUAGA